AAUGUGCAAGUAUUCAGAGCCACAUGCAUGUUAACACACGAGUUUAUAAUGUUUUAUCAUCUGUGUCCUCCAGCAAUGAAGUUUAUUUGUUUGACUCUGCUGAUUAUUACUGGAAUCACAGAUUCGAGAUCAGAGCAGUAUGAAGUAGUUGGAUCUUCUGAUCCUGUUCUUGCUGUAUCUGGUGAAGAUGUGAUUCUGCCCUGUUCAGUCAAACCUCUCAUGAGUGUUGUGGACAUGAGAGUGGAGUGGUUUAGACUUGAUCUGAAAGACUCAGUAGUGCAUGUUUAUGAGGAUCAUGUAGACAAAAAUACAGACCAGAGUCAGUCCUACAGAGGAAGAACAAAACUGAUACAUCAAGAACUACAGAGAGGAAACGCAUCACUCAAACUCUCAACAGUCAGAGUCUCUGAUGAAGGACGUUAUAAGUGUUUUAUUCAGUCCAAAUCCUGGUAUGAUGAUGCUACUGUUGAUGUUAAAGUUGAAGUUGUAGGACAUCCUCCAGUGAUCACUGUAGAUGGGUUUGAUCAUUCAGGAGGGCUUCGUCUACAGUGUGAAUCUGAAGGUUGGUAUCCUGAGCCUGUUCUUGAGUGGCUGAACAGUGAAGGAGUCAGUUUGAGUUCAGAAACUACAGAGACACACAGAAACACAGAUGGGUUCAGUGUGAAACACACUGUCACUGUAUAUGAGAGAGACAGCAAGAUUCACUGCAGAGUCAAACUGAGACAUCACAUGCUGGAGACACUGAUUAUCACCACAAGUAAUAUGUUUAAUUCUUGGAGGACAUCAGUCAUCCUGAUUUCAGUUUUUGUUGUGCUCAAUGUGAUUGCUGCAAUACUGAUAGCUGUGUUUGCUCGUAAAAACAGAGAAUUUUCUUCAGCACUCGAUCGGCUAGAGAAGGAGAAGAGAGGACUACAACAGGCUCUCACACAUUUAAGAACACACUCGGUGAAUGUGAUUCUGGAUGCUGAUACGGCUCAUCCACAUCUCAUCGUGUCUGAUGAUGGGAAACAAGUGAGAUAUGAAAAGACACAAACGAAUGGAGUGGAUGGAGGAAAAAGAUUUGAUGAAGAUCUUGGUGUUCUUGGGAAGGAGGGAUUCUCCUCAGGGUGUUUCUACUUUGAGGUGCAGGUGAACGGACAAACUGCAUGGGAUUUAGGAGUGACCAGAGAAUCUGUUAACAGGAAGGGCGGGAUCCGUCUGAGUCCUGAGAAUGGAUACUGGACUGUGGGACGGAGAGAUGGGUUGUAUCAAGCUCGUGAUUCUUCUGCUUACUCUCUUUCUCUGAGUGUGGAUCCUCAGAGGGUCGGUGUGUUUGUGGUUUAUGAGAAAGGUUUUGUCUUCUUUUACGAUGUGGAGUCCAGCUCUCAUAUCUACUCUUACAUUAAUCAGUCUUUUAAUGACAAACUCUAUCCAUUUGUUUGUUUGGGGUAUUAUAGGAAUACAAACUCCACACCACUGAUCAUCUGUGAUUAUUACUAAUAAGAUCAGUGAAUUUACAUGAUCAACUGAAAUAAAAGAAAACACAAAUAAAAGGGUAACGGCAAUAAAUAGAUAGUAAAGUU